AUGCUAUUCCAGACUCAACAGCAGCAGCAACAACAGACGCAACAGGUCGUUAUGCUUUCUGGCAAGGGUAUGAACAACUGCUACACCAGCUACGAACUAGGCAACGGAAUCACGGCCAUUCGGACAACCUCUGCGACAUCCACGACGGCGGAAGCCGAGGUUGUUUCUGAGAGCGCUGGCAACGGACCAGGUGGAACAAGCGUCGUCAAUUUUCCGACUGAUUUGGGCCAGCCGGUGAGCUCUGCGGUGACAGCCCUACAACGGGAGCAGGAUGUCAGUGCGCAUGUACAGACUGCGACCAGCGGCUAUCCCACCGCCACGGCCAACCUGAUGAGCCCCGCCGGUCGGCAGCAGUCUUCUCCAAUGACAAUCAUGCUCCUGAUCCCACAACCCGACGGUACGAUGCUUCUUCAGCCAACAACUCCCCUCCAGAACACAGCCUGUUACUCCCGCCUAAACACCCAUAACGGCGGCAUGGAUUGCAUU